CCUUCCAACUGCGUCAAUCUUGCAGACCUUGUUUUCCCGCCAGGCUUUGGACGCACCUGUGAAGCUUUAAGUGUUUGCGUCAUUGAAGCCAUGUCAAAUCCAGCUUCACAUGAUCAACCCCCAAAGCCCCCUCAGGUUCGCCGGACAAGAUUUGUCUGCAUUUCUGAUACCCAUAAUCAUGAAGUGAAGCUCCCCAAGGGGGAUGUCUUGAUUCAUGCUGGGGACUUGACAAAUCAAGGCACUCUCUCCGAGCUUUCCAAAGCUGUCAGGUGGUUGGAAAAGACUGAUUUCGAGGCCAAAAUAGUCAUAGCUGGAAACCAUGACAUCAGCUUGGAUGCCGAGUUCUAUCAGCAGUAUGGAACACAUUUCCAUAAUCAGCGACUUGAAUCGCCCGCUGACUGCAUCGAUAUACUCAAGUCGAGCCCCAGCAUAACCUACCUCUGCCAGAGCACUGCCAAAAUACGACUCUCGAGCCCCAGUGGGCCUCGCACGAAGUUUACAGUUUUUGGGUCUCCUUACAGCCCGCGAAAUGGCCUUUGGGCCUUCAGCUCCUGCGACCCAGAUUCGUCGUCUACCCUUUCGGACACUACGACCGGGGCAAGCAGAUCUGGCUCGCCACGUCGCAAGAGCAACCGCCCUAGAGAACCGGCAGCUUCAUUCGGCCCGUCGGCCUCGGAGCUCUGGGACGCCAUUCCUUUGUCGGCAGACAUAGUUGUCACGCACACGCCGCCCCAUCUGCAUUGCGAUGGGACCGGGACGCACCGAGGAUCCCUAGGCUGCGAGACCUUGCGUCGAGCGUUGUGGCGCGUGCGGCCGCGGCUUGCCAUCUGUGGCCACGUUCACGAGGCAAGAGGUGCUGAAACGGUACGCUGGGACUUGGCUAGUGAUUCCAAGUCUUUGCAAAGGAAUUACGAAGAGACGAGUGUCACAGUCUGGGAAGAUACAAGCGGGGUUGGGAACAAGAUGGCUCUUGUCAACCUGACGGGUGACUCGAAGAAGGGAAGAAAAGGGCUGGAUAACGAUGGUGUGUGCAUCGACAGCGCGUUGAGCCAGACAGAUGGGACUUUGUCGACUGAGGAAGCAGAAGGGAGCAGCCAAGCCCGUGGUAUUCCUGAUAUGGCAAGACAUGCCGCUUCUGGCAAUUUGCAAAAGCUCACACCCUCCGGAAAAGAACCACCACCCUUAAUUGGCAGCACGAGUCGUCGGGAAACGUGCGUGGUGAAUUGUUCCAUCAUGGCAAACAGCUACCCGCAUCUGGGUGGCAAACGGUUCAAUAAGCCGAUCCUUUCGCUCUCGGUCACAAAUGUUGAGUGGGCUUACACCUCCAUUCCAGAUCUUGCAUGUAUUUUGCGCCCGACCAACCACGUUAUACACGGAACCCUGUCGAGGCUGAGCCUCUACGCGGGGGUAAGACGCGUCCUCGGAGACUAA